AUGGCUCUUCUUGCCAUGAGCCACGAUUCUCCUCGACCCUGCUCGCGGAGUAGCUCUCUCAACAUCGCCAAGAAGAGCACCCCACGGUCUCUUCUGAAAGCCAACCGGACUGAUUCUGAUUUGGCGAUUUAUGAUGUCGACCUUUCUUUAUUUGACGGAGGGGACGCUUGGAAGGAUUUGGAUAACAUAACGGCCUUGGGUUUAGCAUUGGAUGCUGAGGAAACAGAAUCACCAAACCGGAUAUAUGAGUUCCCACGGCUCCCCUUGGAUGAAGACGGCCACGAAUAUCAGGAAUCCGAGUCACCGCAAGUCGAUGGCAAGCCGUUCCACAGAUGGAUGAAGACCCUACAGAAACGGGCACGCCGGCCGCGGGGUUGGGGCCACAAAGGUGUCAAGGAGUCUUUCUCCACGCACUCCGAGGUUGCAUCAGGCGCCAACCACAGAAGGUCUUCAUCGGAUGACUCCUUCGGAUAUGUGACCGGCGUCAGAAGUGCGAGUGUAAGUCUCGCCAGCGCCAGCGUCAUGACGCGACCCAGGAGGAACACGGCACGAUCUUCUCACCAUGCCAAGACGGAUCGCAGUAGCAGAGCUUCAAUGUCCGGUGGAAGAUUCUCAGAGGAUAGUAUGUGCUCGGAACGAUCACCUAUUAUGGACCCUGCUAUUACCGAGCGUCUGUUGCAGAGACGACGCAUUUUGGACGAGCUGAUUGAAACGGAAGAGAGUUACAUUGGUGAUAUCAAGUUUUUGAUGAACGUCUAUGUUACAAUUCUUGCGUCCCUACCGACCCAGCAGAUGGGCCUUCGAUCUUCUAUUAACCGAAACCUGACGGAUGUUGUUGAGCUACACGAAGAUAUCCUAGGUGAGCUUCACCGGGUGGUGCCCAACUCCGAAUACACCCAGACAGAUCAACUACCACCCGCACCAAAGCCAGUCAGCAGGCCGACUCACGGCAGAUGGCGGAGUCUAGAUUCCGUCCCUGAGGACAUAGUAGGGGGCUCAUGGCUGCAGACUGUUCCCGGCAUGACAGCAGAGCCCGAUGUUGCGGCCGAAGUUGCUCAAGUAUUUGGUAGAAGAAUGAACCGUUUCUUUGUCUAUGAAGAAUAUGGGGCCAAGUACGAGAUGAUGAUCAAAGAUGUUGCGUCAACUCAUCGAAUCAUGCCUCAGUGGGAGACGUAUCAGAAAGGCUUGGAGGCCUUGGCAGCUUCGCUGGGAUCAGCGAACCAACAUCUGGACCAUUCAAGAAAGUCGCUCACUAUUGGUGAUCUGUUGGUCAAGCCCAUUCAGAGGAUAUGCAAGUACCCUCUGCUCUUCGCCGAGCUACUCAAGUGCACCCCUGUCUACGAUUGUCCCAAUUCCCAUGCCGAGAUUGAAAACGUCCUCGUCCGGCUCCGCGAAGCUACGGCUGAAAUCAACCGUGCUACUGAUGACCCUUCCGUCAAGUCAACGAUGGAGAAGACAUGGCUUCUUCAGGAUCGACUCGUCUUUCCAGAUCAAUAUAUUGAUGCGACUCUCAAGACUACGAUACGGUCACUAGGACAGAUCCAGUUAUGCGGCGCUUUGCACAUCUGCUGGCAAACGAGAGAAGGCGUUAGUGGAAGUUACAUGGUUGCACUGCUUUACAAGGAUUGCCUGUGUCUCGCCACUGCGGGUAGAUCUGAUCAAAUCUACACCAUUCAAGCUUGCAUUGGGUUGGACACCAUCAAAAUCGAGGAAGUUGACAAUGGCCGAGGAUUGCAAUGUCACACGGUGCCCUUCUCUUGGAAGCUUGUGUUUGAGGUUGAUCACCAACUGUACGAAAUCAUCAUGACGGCCUGCUCUCCUAAGGAAGAGCUUGAGUGGCGAAACCGCCUGUCAAGUUCCAUGCCCAGGGAGACGCUUGAUCGAACAGAGCCGCCAUUCUGCAGUUCACUAUCAUUAAAUAUCAAAAGUCUUGGAACGGUUUUUGGAAAACCAGGCACGGUUGCUCGUCGUCUUUCUAUCCACCGAGCUACCACCGUUGGACCGAAAUCCCCUUUGUGUCAAGUGAUUUUGAAGAAUACUACUACAAUUAGAGACACGUCGACUACCAAAACCGCCUCUCCGAUCAACCGCUCCCAGUCGCUCUUGACAACAAACUCACGGGUUCCUAUCUUGGCUCCGCCGCGAGCUGAUCGAGCCCGUCUGGAAGCCCUGCUCGCUGAUGUCUGGAGUCGCGAUGUUCUGCCACUCCCCGGCAUAACAAACCGGUCCAGGAGUGAACAUCUCGUCCGCAGCUCCGCCUCCACUAUGAUGCGAAAACUAAGCGUCUCGAGCAUUACCAAUUCCUUCAAGAACCGGUCGGCCAGUGCUGCGAGCACGAACAUGAGCAAGGCACACGAGGACGAACUUCCACACGUCAACAACUUCGUCGAUGCACUUGUUACGCUCAACUGCGAUUUUACAACGCCUUCGUUGAAUCUUGAUGAGGAGUGUGAGGGCGAGGCCCAGGGCAGGCUGCCCGCCAUUCGAGAUGAAACAGAACGCGCCAGCAGCCCCAGCGAGCGUUCCCCUGCAAACGACACUGCAUCCAGGUGCGGCACUGUCAGAAGACUCGAUCCUUCCAAGCUAGAAUCACAAUGGCAACUGGAGGAAUCACAGGCCAGGCCUCCUUCGGCAUUGCGAACGUCCUCGGCAAACAGCAUCCGAAAUCACCACACACCAUCACUUAAAUCGGCAUCCCCAGCCUCGUCCACAAAGGAAAAGGAGAACGUACAUAACAUGAAUUACACAAAACAACCAGGGCUCGAAACGACAGCGCACCACGCGAAGCCGGUGAGCAAGUGGACUAAGGUCAGCGUCAUCAAUAGGGGUCUUAAGACGGGAGGACUCCGUGGUUUCUUUCGAUGA